AUGGUCGUCCACUCCCGCCGCACGCCAUCGUCGCCGUCGCGGUCGCCGCCGCCCUGCGCCACCCGCGCGUCUCUGCCCGCUCACCGUCGCAGCCCCGCGAACUGCUCUGCCCAGCCGCCUCCGUUUGCUACCCGGAUCUCGAAUCUGGUCGGACGCCGAGCAAAACCAGCGGCUCCGCCUAUCGCCGUUCGCCCGUCGCCGCCGUCGCGCAUCUACCUCGCGCUCGCCCGCGCCGGCCGCGCGCCGCUCCGCCCGCUCGCCCGGCUCGUCGUCCCGAGCCUCCGCCAGCUUCGCGCAAGAGCCGCCGGAGCUCAUUCGUCGCCGCCGCCCACCGCCAUAGCUCCUCCGCCCUUUCCGACCCGAACCGGCGCCGAUCCGCCUCUCUCAACCUUGAACCGCCGCGGACAGCAGCUGCAGAAAAUGGAGAAGAAGGAGCUGCAGCCAUGGUCGUCCACUCCCGCCGCGCACGCCAUCGUCGCCGCCGCGCCGGUCGCCGCCUCGCCGCCGCCGCCCGCGCGCUCCGCCCGCUCACCGUCGCAGCCCGCGAGCUGCUCCGCCCAGCCGCCUCCGUUUGCUACCCGGAUCUCGAAUCUGGCCGCCGGCAAACCAGCAGCUCCGCCUAUCGCCGUUCGCCCGUCGCCGCCGUCGCGCAUCUACCUCGCGCUCGCCCGCGCACCACCGCCGCCCGCCCGCUUCGCCCAGCUCGUCGUCCCGAGCUGCUGUUCAGCCUCGCGCAAGAGCCGCCGGAGCUCAUUCGUCGCCGCCACCACCGCCAUAGCUCCUCCGCCCUUUCCGACCCGAACCGGCGCCGGAUCUGGCCUCUCUCAACCUUGA